AUGGUUAACCCACCAAAAGACGAGACCGUCAGAAUAAGAAAGAUGCUCGAACAAUUCGGAGCCGUAGGAGACGCAAAUGUCUUCUACUGCAAUUCUGAUAGCUAUUUUCUUGGUACACAAUCUCAAGUCCCUUCGUUUUACCACGGCGUUUCCUCAUUGGCAUCUUCUGGUUCAUCUUCUUUGGGUGGUAUUGACAUGGAGAAUCUCUUCACAAUGCCAAGCCAAAUGGGUUUCAACGAGGCUGAUCAUCAUCAUCAAUAUGUCUCUAAUGUUGCUUCAAAUCUGUGCCCAACUGACCAAAAUUCAAACUUUCAGUUCCAACAGGGAGGGACGAUAACAGUGUUCAUCAACGGAGUUCCGACAGAAGUUCCAAGAGGACCGAUCAACACGAAAGCGAUGUUUGAUGAAGAUUUGGUGUUGUUGCAUUCCUCAGGAGAUCCUCUUCCCACUGAUGAGUUUGGCUUCUUGAUGUACAGUUUGCAACAUGGUGAUGCUUAUUUCCUGGUUCCGAGACAGACAUGAACUGGCUUUGCUCUUGUGUUAUGCGGUGACGCAACAGAUACCUUGUUAUACUACCUACCUUUGCUCCUAUGGUCCAAUCUUCUUUGUUGUUCGUUUGUCGUGUAUUCCAAGUUCCCAUGGCUUGUUCAUCUUAUUUGUGAAAAUAUAUAUAUAUAUAUA